UAAUUAUUAAAGAAGUACAGUGUGUACAGAAGCAAACAUAAGGAACUUAUGAAUUUAUCCGUUUCAACUGUGAAAUUAACGAACAAACUGUAUUUUCUAAGCGUUAGAAAUAAUUUACAAGAUUGUUUUCUCUAGAAUAAAACCUUAAAAAUGUGCAUAAUGAGAAAGUAUCAUCAAAGAUAACGAUUGAUAUACACAGUUUACCUACGCAGGACGCAUGUACUAACGUGUAACGACAGUCAUUAAAACUUACGUAUUCACUGAAAUUACUGAUUUCAACUUUUGUUCGGAAAUAAAAUAGCAAAAAUUCGGUGCAAUACAGAUUAUAUUCACAAAGUGAGUAUGUCCAGGAGGAAACUCGGCGGUAACAAACAAUUCGACAACGUGGAUUACACACAGCUUAGAGAAACUGACACUGGUUUUGUUGAUUCACAGUUUGUGAAUCCACCUGUAAAAAUACCAUGGAAAGCCAUUACACUCGCAGCUCUUUUGUUUGUUGGGGGUACUGUAAUGCUCAUCAUGGGUAGUCUGAUUGUGAGUGGACACAUUGACUCAAAAUAUUCUGAUCGCAUGUGGCCAAUCAUUAUUCUAGGGAUUUUAAUGUUCAUACCAGGAGCUUACCAUAUGAGGGUAGCUAUCUUAGCGUAUCAAAAAGUGCCAGGGUAUUCUUUUGAUGAUAUACCAGAGUUUGAUUAAUCAUGCGUGACUUUUUUCCUAAAAGUACUUGAAAAUUUUUACUUUUUGCUAGUACUACAUUUG